CAGCCGGUGCUCAUGGCUGGGGACACUGGGAUGGCCGGGAAGGUGGCACUGCUCCUGUGGGCCCAGACCCUCGGCCUCGCUGGUGCCCAGACCACCCAGCUCCUCGUGGAGCCCCCCUGGAGGCCGGCGGUGCUGUGGGACCAGGUGACACUGACCUGCCAGGGCUCGGGGACCGCCGGUGCCACCACCUGGUACAAGGACGGGCAGAGAAGGAGGCAGGAGGGACCCGACCGCCUCACUGUCACCAGGAAAGGCACCUACACGUGUGACAGACCCGGCAGCGGGCACAGCCCCUCCGUGAGAGUCUCAGAUGACCCGCUGGUGCUGCAGGUGCCAGCGCGGGCCCUGCUGGAGGGGGACACGGUGACACUGCGCUGCCGGGGCUGGCAGGACAAACGGCUCACAAGUGUGUACUUCUACCGUGAGGAGAAGCAUCUGAGGGGGCCCCAGGCUGGGACCGAGCUGUCCCUGUCCCCCCUGCAGCUGAGCCACAGCGGCCGCUACCGCUGCGGGGGCUAUGUGGAGUCAAAGUGGAAGAAGUCAGAGCUGGUGACAGUGACAGUGCGCAGUGAGUGCAGGGAUGGGCACAGGGAAGCCUGA